GAGGACUCCAUGAAAGAUGACAGAAGAGGUGAUUGUUGUAGCCAAGUGGGACUACACGGCCCAGCAGGACCAGGAACUUGACAUCCGUAAAAAUGAGCGUCUCUUCCUCCUCGACGACUCGAAGACGUGGUGGCGCGUCCGCAACGCCGCCAACCAGACGGGGUAUGUGCCGUCAAACUACGUGGAACGCAAGAACAGCCUGAAGAAAGGCUCGCUGGUGAAGAACAUCAAAGACACACUGGGUUUGGGUAAAAACCGGAGGAAGACAAGUGCCCGCGAUGCCUCCCCCACACCGAGCUCGGACACAGAGUACCCUUCUAAUGGCAGCGGGGGAGGAGGUGUGGUCGGGGCCGCCGAAAGGAUCUACGACCUUAACAUUCCUGCUGUGGUGAAAUUUGCUUACACAGCAGAGAGGGAUGACGAGCUGACGCUGGUCAAGGGCUCCAGAGUGAUGGUUAUGGAGAAGUGCAGCGACGGCUGGUGGCGGGGCAGUCAGACGGGCCGCGUGGGCUGGUUCCCCUCCAAUUACGUCCAGGAGGAGCUGCCAGGGGCUGACGACAUAGGGGAGGGAGACCCCUCGCGGCACUACCACGGAGUAUCCCAAGGAACAUUGUUAGCAAAUGGACGCGCAGGUGGUCGCGGUGACGUCCUUCWUCUGGUUCAAACGCUCUACCCUUUCAGCUCUGUCACAGAGGAGGAGCUGAACUUUGAGAAGGGAGAAGUCAUGGAGGUGUUGGAGAAGCCCGAGAACGACCCCGAGUGGUGGAGGUGUAAGAACUCGCGAGGCGUCGUGGGCCUGGUGCCUAAAAACUAUGUGAUGGUGCUUGACGAGCGGCCCGGCGUGCCCUCCUCUACGUCGGGCUCCCCACAGUACCGCCUGGCACCCUCGCGCUCAGGGAGGUUUGCCGGGAGGGACUGGUACUAUGGCAACAUCACCAGACAUCAGGCCGAGUGUCAACUCAACGAGCGGGGAGAGGAGGGUGACUUCCUCAUACGAGACAGCGAGUCAUCGCCCAGUGAUUUCUCGGUGUCUCUGAAGGCGGUGGGGAAGAAUAAGCACUUUAAAGUGCAGCUGAUGGACGGGGUGUACUGCAUCGGCCAGCGCAGGUUUAACUCCAUGGAUGAACUAGUGGAGCAUUACAAGAAAGCCCCCAUCUUCACCAGCGAACAUGGGGAGAAGCUGUACCUGGUGAAAGCGCUGCUGUGAUUUACACAUCUACACUGGAUCUCAAACACACACUAUAUGCCACUCCUUUACUGUCUUAACUCAAGCCUUAGCUCUGGACCCUCCUGCAGCGGUGUCUGUACCAACAUCCAGAUCCUCAGCCGUACCUCCUGRGUUUAUCGCCCUCUAGUGGUGAAAACACAAACCAAGGUGAAACUUUUUCUAGCCCUUCACUCUUUUUGCAGUCGACCCMCAGCACUGAGCCAGUGAAUGCUUCAUAUAGUCAUUAUCUAACGAGCCUCUUCGUCUUGGAUGUGCAGACACGCAGUGACCAUAUGUGCUGCUAACAGAGCGCCCGAGGCCUUGUCAGGGGUUUGAGCUCUCCCUCUGAUGUCAUCCAUAAUGUCUCUCGUAUUUACAAGCGCUCACGUUGAACGUCACACCGUUGCUCUUAAUGAUCACAGGAGACCUGACAUUUACCAGUUCAGAGAGGACUCGCUCCUCUGAGGGACCUAACUCUGCUGUCUAAUUACAGCCUGWCGUUUGAUUUUCUUCAUUAUUUGUAAAAGGAAUGCUAGAUAGAAAAAGUUCUUUUGUUAAGCUAAUUUAAAGCUCUCUGCGUUUCAUUUUAUUUUUUAUUAAGUGACCUUUUAUUUCUUCCUGAUUUUCACCAUUCCGCUGACAUGUUUUUUUUUCUUCUCCCACUUACAAUUUUUUAUUUAAUUUUCUUCCUCAUUUCGACUUUAAAUGUGGAUACAACGCUCACUGUAAUGUUUGUAACGGAGGCAGUGAGGGGAGGGUGGGRCAUUAAUGCAAUAGGAGAGACCUGAGUUCUUGUUGAGUUUUGAAUGUCGAUUCAUGUAACCAAAUGUGCCACCUCCUUGUUCCCACUGGCUCCAGGUCCACACUGCACUCACUAUACUUUGAUUGAUUCAUAGUUCAGUGCUCAUGCUUUAUAUUGUCACAUAGAACAUGUUACUGUUCUGUUGUUCGGUACGUGUCUGUAGCUACAUGAGGAUACUGACAGUUAUUAAACUUUUUUUUUUGGGUAACACUUUUGAGUAACUACAAUCGAUCUGCUCUAAAGCAGUAAUGAAAAGUACCUCUUCAGUUGUAGUUUUUGUCUUGUGGUUGGAGAGAGUUUUGCAGGAAAUGUAAACAAAAGACUCUAAACAGUUGUUGAAGAAAUGAAGACUCCAAUAAAAGACUUAUUUAAGAACAGGUCUGAAUCUGUACCUUUUUAUAAAACAGAGUAUCUCAUAUAGUAAUGAGUAAAUAAAGUAUUUGUUUCUCCUUCUCUUGGAUAACUUAUUUGCCAUCACUUAGCAGCAAUAAGCACGGCCAUUUAAAGUCAAACUUUUAAAGAAAGGAUUGACUACGUUUACGCAUAGUUUAACUUGAAAAGAAAAAUAAAUAAAUAAGUUGGCCUUUUUUAUUUUAAGCUCAGUUUCUAAAGAAGAAUCGGCAGCUCAGUGGAGCUGCUGGACUUUUUUUUUCCUGUCAAACCAAAAACUCCCAUCAUCUGAUUUAAAGCUGAAAAACCCAAAAAUCCCAAACGUACCUGUUUCUUCUGUGCAUCUGUUUACCAAUGGAAGUGUUGAUGGGGUCCUCGGCUUUUAUACAAUAUAUCUGAAUGUUAUUGAGCACUGUUAUUUAAUUCUUGUCUUCACAGUAUGUAUAUAUUCAAAGUAAGAAGAGGUGCRUAUAUGAAUCAUUAAGAUCCAACUAUGGUACUGUAUCACUGACAACGUGAUGAGAGCUGAUACUUUUGUUCAAUAAAAAAAAUAAUUUGACCAAG